AUGCACUCAGUUCUAUCCCGGUUGGCCCCUCCCAGCUCUGAGUUUCUCGGACCAUUCUAUACCGCAACCGAUUUAGAUACAGUCACAUUUCUCGCCGACAUUCACACUAGACCCUGCUAUAUCUUGUCUGUGGUCCAAAUGUGGAAAGGUAUGUUCGUAGAAGCCCAAAGAAAUGUGCACUUACCUCCCCUGAUGGCCAACCAGGCCUUGCGUCAGAUCGUUGCCGGAUAUAGAAUGCGGGCUCCGGAAAGUUGCCCUCCAGAAAUUUACACCCUGAUGCGACGGACCUGGCACAUGAAUCCGGACAUGCGACCCAGUUUUGCCAAAAUUCUCACCGAACUGGUUGCUCAUCUGGACACCUGCUCGGGAGAUAAAGUUACAGUGACACAGCGAAAAUCGCCCCCAUUUCACUUAAACCUGUCCAACCGGUUUAACGAAGACGAUCCGUGGCAACAGAAAUCAUUCGGUCGAGUUACAAUGACACCCGAUCGUUUCGUGGAAUCGUCUUCCGAUUGCUACGAUCAACUUGAUGAAUUGCCUAUUCCGGGUGGUGGUGGUGCUGGUGUGGUUAACCCGAAUUCUCAUCUGGGCAGCGCAUCCGUCAUGAGUCGAUCAUUCACAUCGGGGAACAGUGCAAAUGGUUUGGAAUCGCGACACAAAGAUCUCGGUCAGGCCUCUUCUUCCACUCAAGCUAUCACACCUGAUGUGUCCACCCCAUCUAAUCGGACCGCAUUUUGUCUACCGAAAUUUGAGCGAUUAAAGCUAUGA